UGUGAAAAUCACGUGAGGCGGCGCCUGCGCAGAAGGGUCACGUGGUGGCUGGGCCGGGGAAAUGGCGGCUUCAGGAGAGAGUGGGGCUUCGGCCGGCGGAGGCAGCACAGAGGAAGCUUUUAUGACCUUCUACAGCGAGGUGAAACAAAUAGAGAAGAGAGAUUCAGUUCUUACGUCCAAAAAUCAGAUUGAAAGGUUGACGCGUCCUGGUUCCUCUUACUUCAAUUUGAAUCCAUUUGAGCUCCCUGCUAAUGUGCCUGGGAAAACAGUGGAGGAUGGCCCCAGUCCCUGGGCCCCUGCCACCCAUCUAGGAGACCCUGAAGAAGCUCCUGUGAAAGAACGAAAAAAACAGUUAAAGAAGGAAGGAAAACCUACAAAUGUAGAGGAGGAUGAUCCUGAGCUGUUCAAACAAGCAGUAUAUAAACAGACCAUGAAACUCUUUGCUGAGCUGGAAAUUAAAAGGAAAGAAAGAGAAGCCAAAGAGAUGCAUGAAAGGAAACGACAGCGGGAAGAAGAGAUUGAAGCUCAAGAAAAAGCCAAACGCGAGCGGGAGUGGCAGAAAAACUUCGAGGAAAGUCGAGAUGGGCGCGUGGACAGCUGGCGGAACUUCCAAGCAAAUACAAAGGGGAAGAAAGAGAAGAAGAACCGGACCUUCCUGAGACCACCGAAAGUAAAAAUGGAGCAGCGUGAGUGACCGCCCGGGGUCACAGCACGGAACCUUCCCCCAGCCGUCUCCCUCCCUGCUUUGAAGGACUCAUUCUUUCCUCCACUUCCACCCCAACAUAGAGUAGUAUUUGCUUUUUAGUUCAUUUUGUUUUCAAUACAAUUUAAUAUCGAUCAGAGUAAUUCUUUUGUACAUUGAAAUGAGGGGCUCAGUUUAAACAAAGACCUUCUCUCCCACCCCCACCCUAGAACAACCAGGACUGGAAGGUGCCACCCUGGGUGCUACCUUCUCCCCCACAGCCUGUAACUUAAUGUUUUGUACUUCACUGCGUGUGAUGGAUGUGAUGGUUAGAAACCUGUGUGUAGUUUGUGGAGAUCAUCCCAUUAAACAUCUUGCUUACAGUGGUGUCGCCGUGACUUCAGAGACGAGCCUGGGCCACCACAGGAAGCCCCCUUGCUUCAGUCGCUUGCUUCCGGGUGUGCCAUCCUCCGAAGCCCAGGUCACAGGAAGGCAGAGUGGGCAGAGAGAGCAGUUACACUCGUGCCCUGAUGCCCCCACCCCCGCCUGGUGUUUGGCACCUGUCCUCCCGUCUGCCCGACCAAUCAGUGUGGCAUGACACUAAGCCACCUAAACCUGUUCACUUUCCAAAGAGCUAGCCAGCCUCCAUCCAGUCCCAUCGUCUCCUAGCCUGUCUGCAUUCGUUAGUGGUAAGAAUCUUUAUGUAUAAUAAAGUUUUCUACUGAGAUCGUU